UUACUUUGAAGUCACGCUAUAUAGCAACUUUGUAACGAUGAAGACCAAGGUAAUCAUCAUCCUGGCGUUACAGCUGGUGGUGACGUUGGCGAUGACCAAUUCGAACACGGAGGACGGGAACAGUCUGGAACAUCUGGAAGAAAAGCUCGCGAGAGCGAUGGACGAACUCAAUGAAAAAGAUACAAUUGGCAUUUACGGCGAUAUGGUAACUUUGGAAAAGGUCGCGGAAAACAAAGAACCAUUGGACAAAAGUGCGGAUCCGCUCGUGAGCAGAAUUGAGAAAUUCUUAAGAACACGAAAAAUACAAAUCAAUCUUCCUGAUGAUACUUCGACCGCUGGUUUAUUCGGACGCGCUCUCGGCCAAACAAACAUCGACGUGGAACUUAAAGGUCUGACACACGGAGCUUCCGAAGCACGUACAAGAUUGAAGAAGAUGAUCCUGCCGCUGUUGCUUCUACUGAAAUUAAAGGCAUUGAUCAUUUUGCCCAUCGUAGUUUCCGCCAUCGCACUGAUAGGCCUUAAAGGUUUGGGCGCGGGACUUGUGUCGCUCUUGCUUUCCGGCGCGGUCGCCUUGAAAGCCCUUUUGACACCACCUCCGCCACCGAGAGUCACUUACGGGGUCGUAAGACCUCAUGAAAUUCAUCACGACCACUGGCACAGGUCGGAACAAGAGGUCAAUCAACCCUACAAAGGCUGGACACCAGAAUAUAAUGGUGAACAACCAUAUCCAUAUCAUGACAUUCCAUGAAAUGCACGAAUCAUUUACUUGCCAUUCAUAUCAUUUAUUUAUUUAUUUAUUGUACAUGUCUGCAUAUAUUCAAUUUAUAAGAUACUAUAAUAAAAUCAUUUUUUUACACAAUUAUUUGUCGUUUUUAUUGGCAAAUUAUCAUUAAAACUGUUUUUUUUCUAUUGUUCACCGGAAACAUAUCUUAUUCGCGACUUGUCAGUAA